AUGGAGAGUGGAGAUCUUGAUCAACCAUCAUCAUCAUCGCCAUCAUCACCGAUUGUUAUUGAUAUAAAUGACAAACAAGUUUAUAAAGUAGCAGUAGACAGAAAAUUAAAUGCAAUCAAGAGAUUCGAUGAACUAGACAAGAAUAUAUUCAAGUUGUACAAUGCAGUCAAAGGAGACAAUACCAAACGACAACUAGAACUGUCAGAGAUUGAAAAGAAGCAAAGAGAGUAUGGCAGUGCUAUAGAAAUCUCUGAAAAGUCUAUGGACAGUAUGUCACUGUACUAUGUCAAUGAAAAGGUAGACCUCAUCAUGAUGAUUGAAGAAGAAACCAAGCGACAGUCUGUCCUCCAAGACCAAUUGUCCGAGGUCGCCUACAACAUCAACGCAGUGUCUCCUCGAAACAUCUCAUCCUCUGUAAAUGGUCCUCUUACAAGUCACCAACUAUUAACUGAAAUCAGAGACCUUCAACUAGAAAUUGAAAAGGUUGAAUUGGAAUAUCAACAAUUACAAUCUACUUGGGAUAGUAAGCGAUCUCUCCUAAAUCACUUGAUUCAAGAAAAAAGUGAUCAUAUCUUAUCUUUAAAUAAAAAACUAGAGGAAAAGGAAAAGAAUAGAAAGAAUCUAAAGGAUUUGGAAUCAAUCAUUGAUGGACUUUUAAUUAAAGAUAACAAAAAGGGAGGAUCCAGUGUUGAAACAAAAGAUAAAGAUAAAGAUCAAGUAUCUUCUGGAUAUUCAAUUGAUUCAUUUAUAAAUUCAAUUGAAAAGGAAAAGGAAAAGGAUAACAAAAGUUGUAGUAGUAAUAGUGGAAGUGGUAUAAUUGGUAAUGGAAGUGGUAGUGGAAGUGGUAGUAGUAUUGGUAUUGGAGCUACUGCUGCUGCUACCGCUAAUAAUGGUAGUGGUACUGGUGGUAGUACACCAACACGAUCAAAUACACCACCAGUUGUAGGUAGAGCAUUGACUAGGGGAACUGCUACCAGUGCAUCAGCAUUAAACUUGAAUGCAUCAUUGACAAUACCACCACCUCCCAUGUCCCCAGACGCAUCCAAAACAAUUAAUCAGUAUCCUCUUACCAUCAAAACACAAAGCAAUACCUUUAUUAGUGGUAUAACCUAUACUUUGGAAUUGGAUACUAUAUCGACUUUAAAACAACGUAUCUAUGACUAUCUUUUAAUUGAAUCACCUUCAUCCCUUUGGAAUAUGGAAAUCAGCUCUCCCCAUAAUCUAUCUUUAAAAACUCUAUCCAACACAUUCUUUGCAUCAGAUUCAAAAGUUUAUUUAAAAUAUAUAUUAUACUUUUCCGAUAGAGUUAAAAAAACUGGAUCCAAUAAUAAUAAUAAUCAAGAUGAUGGAAAUGAUCAACCAAUUAUUUAUGUUGUCAAUAGUCUUGAAGAAACUGAAUUUACAUCUAAAUUAUCUCAAAUGAUUGAUGGGUAUUUAGAUUUCUACCAAAAUGCAAAUCAAGAAUCAGUAUACUUUAGAACAAAAAUGAUAACCUUUUUAGAUAAUAUUCAAAAGGAAAGAAAUAGAUUGGAUGAUACUAAAUGUUUAAGAAAUCCACAAUCAAGAUUUAUGCGUGUAAAAUCAAUGGCCUUUUCAUCAUCUACUACUCCAUCUUCAUCUCCUCCAAAUCAAUCAUUAUCAUCUUCUUCCUCUUUCCUAAAUAGACCAUCAUCACCUGUAUUUUUACCUUUAAUUUCAAAAUCAUCUGAAAUCAAUAAUAACAAUAAUAAUCAUCUUGGUCUAUCGGGCUCAACAAGUCCAAGUUCAUGGAAAUCAUGUUCACCUUCUAGAGGUUCACCAAUAGCUGGAUUUAUCAAUGGAAAGGAUCCACAACAACAACCACAACAACAAUUAGUUGUUGGUCAAAAUUGUACAAUUAGAGUAUUUAUUACAAAAGAUAUAAUUAAAACUUUUGUUUGUCAUGUACAAACAUUGGUAGGAGAAUUAAUUGAUAAUUUAUUUAUAAAGUUUUCAAAGUUUAUAAACAUGUCUGAAAAGAAUCAAGACAAGGGAAAACUUAUGCCAAUGGCUGAAAUGAAAUCAAAAUAUGUUGUUAAAAUUAGAGGUUUGGAAAUCUAUUUGGUCAAUCCUACCAUCCCACUAUCAUCAAUCGAUUUUAUAAACACCAAAUCAAGAAGACAGAAAAAAGUAGAUUUAAUUUUAAUUGAUAAAUCAACCAUUUCAAAAGAAAUUCUUGAUUCUUCUAUUAAUUUUAAUCAUUUUGAUGUUAUAAAAAAUAUGAAUAGUAAAAUAGAUAAAGAAGAAAAAGUUAAUAAUCUAAGUUUAUCAUAUAUGAUAAACAAACCAUUUAAAUUAAGAUUGGGAAGUUUAAAAAACUUUGAUACUAGAACCUCCCCAUCAAAGGAUAAAUCAAUCUAUGUUGCAUGUCAAGUUUAUCAAUGUGGUAUAAAGAUUGGGGAGGAAUUUUGUACUGCACCAAUCGUUCUUGUUACCAAUCCAUCAUGGCUCAAAUGGAUGGAAGGGCCUGCUUAUAACCAUAUCCCUAGCAAUGCCAUUUUAUGUAUUCAAGUUAGAUACCAUCCAUCCAAUACUACAGUUGGUUGGGUCAAUUUCAAAAUGUGGGACUAUCGUGGAAGAAUCAAUUCUGGGUUCCAUCAACUAUGCCUCUGGAUGGACGAUACACCCGAUCAUAUCGGUACACUUUAUGAAAACAAACAACAUUUAUUGUCGUCGUCAGAUGGAAACGAGGCCAAUGAACCACCAGCCAUUAGUUUCGAAAUAGAAUUGUCAAGUCCUGCAAUCAUCUAUCAACACGAGAAAUUGGAGGAAAUCCCCGAAGACUCUUUUGAAGAUGAGGAAUUGUCAUUUAGCGAGAUGCAAAGAUUGACAAGUAUCAUUGAAAAGGAUCCAUUAACAGGUUUGACAGUAGAAGAAAGAGAAUUGUGUUGGAAACACAGACACUAUUGUAAAUUUAUUCCUAGGUCGACGAGCAAGGUCAUUCUCUCUGUACCUUGGAACAACCCAGAUAGUAUCAAGGAAUUGUACCAAUUGUUGCACAGCAAGAGUUGGUCACCACUAGAACCAGUUGAUACAUUGGAAUUGCUAAGCUCUAAAUUUUUGGAUCGGGAUAUUAGAAAGUUUGCCAUCACAACACUCCAAAGAAUGAACGACGAGGAACUUGGUCUCUAUCUCCCACAACUUGUCCAGGCACUCAAACAUGAACCAAACCAUUACAGCUCAUUGGCCAAAUUCCUUCUCCGCCGAGUACAAUUGAAUCGUCAACAAAUGCCCUAUCAAUUCUUUUGGUAUCUCAAAGUAGAGAUUUCAAACUUGAACGUUCAUUUGCACUCUCAAUGGAUCGAAAGAUACCAAUUAAUUUUAGAAGCAUUCCUAAGAGGUAAUCCAAAGAUAUCAGAACUCUCUAAACAAUAUGAUAUGUACCUAAAAUUAAAAUCAGUGGCACUUGGUGUAAAGAAUGUAACAAAUAACAAGAGAAAGGAUUAUCUAUUAUCACAAUUUUCAACUAUUAAAUUCCCAAACGAUUUUAAUUUAUUAUUUAAUCAAGAAUAUAAAGCAAAAGGAAUUGAUAUUGAAUCAUGUAAAGUAAAAGAAAGUAAAACUUUACCAUUAUGGUUAUCAUUUUAUAAUUAUGAUCCAAUGGGAGAUAAUAUAUUGGCCAUUUUUAAAUGUGGAGAUGAUCUUAGACAGGAUCAAUUGACACUUCAAAUGAUUGAUUUAAUGGAUAGAAUGUGGUUAGCUGAAGGUAUUGAUUUACAAACUAUUAGCUAUCGAUGUGUUGCAACAGGACUGAAUGAAGGAAUGAUCGAGGUGGUUGGAGAAUCAAAAACAAUUGCAGAUAUCCAAAAACUGACUGGAAAGAAUGCAGCUGUUGCUGCCUUUUCAGAAACUGCCAUCGCUAGUUGGCUCAAGCAGGUCAAUCCAUCAGAAUUUGAAUACAACUCUGCAGUGGAAAACUUUGUCAGAAGCUGUGCUGGAUGUUGUGUCUAUACUUUUAUCUUGGGUAUUGGUGACAGACAUAAUGACAACAUCAUGCUUACUAAAGCCGGACACCUCUUCCACAUUGAUUUCGGUAGAUUCUUGGGCAACGUCCAAACAUGGCAAGGAAUUAAACGAGAAAGAGCACCAUUUGUCUUUCCGCCAUCCUUUAAUCUCAUCAUUGGUGAACACUACAAACACUUUGAAGAAUUAUGUGGUCGUGCUUAUAAUAUCAUUAGAAAAAAGGCUCAUAUCUUUUUAAAUUUAUUCUUAAUGAUGGUGUCUACAGGUAUGCCAGAAUUAAAUCACCAAGAUGAUAUAUUAUAUCUACGAGAUUCACUGGCAUUGGAACUAACAAGUGACCAAGCCUAUGAGAAAUUUUCCCAAAUGAUAGAACAAAGUCUAGGAUCAAAAACAACUGGAGUUAAUUUCGCUGUUCAUUUAUUGGCAAAUUAA